CGCCCGGUUGUAGUUAAAGGGAGCUUUGUUUUGAAAACACAGCCACCGGCUGGUUAAACCCGUAAUGGCAAACGAGACGGACCGCGGUGUCUUUUCUAGGGCCGAGAGGAAAGCUUUACAAAAGGCAAUGAUACUGCAACGAGAAAACGAGAGGGAAAGCUUUAGAUUGGUUGGACGGAUCCUUAAAAAACCUGAGGCUGAGAGGUCCGAAGAGGACACUUCCGUGCUUUUGCUACACAGAGACACGGUGGAGGAGCUCUGCAAAAGAAAGAUCCGCCGAAAUGAACUCAAGAGGAAGCAAGAAGAGGUGUUUGAUACUGCUGAUGCCCUGAAAAGUAAAGUACGACACCUAGCUGUGGCAAUCAAACAAGCAAAACACUUGGUUCUUUACACUGGAGCUGGAAUAAGCACCGCCGCCUCCAUCCCCGACUACCGAGGGCCGAACGGUGUUUGGACACAACUGCAGAAGGGCCAUGCUGUCAGCUCGUCUGACCUAAGCAAAGCUGAGCCGACGCUCACACACAUGUGCAUUAAGACGCUUUAUGAGGAAAGGCUGGUGAAGCAUGUUGUGUCUCAAAACUGUGAUGGACUUCAUCUACGUAGUGGUCUUCCCAGAGAUGCCCUGUCUGAACUUCAUGGAAACAUGUUUAUUGAGGUGUGUACUCACUGUUCUCCAGUCAGGGAAUACGUGCGUUUAUUCGAUGUAACGGAGCGGACAUCCCUCCACCGGCAUUGCACAGGCCGCAAGUGCUGCCACUGUAGCAGUGAACUCAGGGACACAAUAGUGCACUUCGGGGAGCGAGGAACCUUGGAGAAACCUCUCAACUGGAAGGGAGCUGCAGAGGCGGCUAAGGCAGCUGAUGUUAUCCUCUGCUUAGGUUCCAGUCUGAAGGUGCUGAAGAAAUACGCUUGUCUCUGGUCCAUGAACAAACCAACAAGCAAACGACCCAAACUGUACAUCAUUAAUCUCCAGUGGACACCAAAAGAUGAAUUGGCUGUAAUAAAAAUCAAUGCCAAGUGUGAUGAUGUCAUGAGUCUUCUCAUGGAAGAGCUUACGCUCCCAAUUCCUGUUUAUGACAGGGCAGAGGACCCCAUUUUCAGCCUUGCUGUACCUCUUCAGCCUGAGGAUAAGGACAGCCACACCCGUGCGGUCAUAGCUCCUCACGUCAGUCCCAACGACUCCUUCAGUAACCCCGAGGAGGCUGCAAAAGCUACGGCGGUUCAGGGUGGCUGGUUUGGAAGAGGCUAUGGCAAAGGGAGGAAGAAGAAAAAAGCCUCCUAGAUCUGAAUUAAGGACAAGAACAUUGCCUGUACCUGUGAUGCAUCAUUUGGUGGACAAAUUGAGGUGCUACUUUUGUUUACUACUUGUAAUGUAGAAAAGAUGAUCAUGGAAUUUUGAAAGGUGUACAGGUACAUUGAUAACGCAUCAGCUAUUUAUAAAUGGAUUAGUUUAUUAGCUUAGUUUAUCAUUUGGGGGUAACUUUAUUCAUGUGUGACACAAGCUGCUUUCAGCAUGUUUACAUUAAAGUUGGUGAGGUGUUGGUGCUCUGGUGGGACCUUGCGUGGCAAUGGAUGUCAUGUGUCAUGUGACAAACUGCUUGCUCAAAGUAUUAUGGGGACUCUCCUCCCUGUGCUGCCAUAAAGUGUGGCACAAUAUUGAUUCAUUGCAGCUAUACGUGUUAUGUCUGUUGUUUGUACUUGUAUCACGGCAGAUUAAGUUUCUACAUCCACCAAACCAAGUAAACAAGUCCAGUGCAAAGUUGUCUUUUACCGGAAAUUUAAUUUUCAAGUAUUAAUAUUGCGUAAAAUGAAGAUAGCUUCAUUUCAGUAAGCAAUGUUCAUAAACAUUAGCGGUUGUAGUGGUUCUUUGAGCUAGUACUACAUGUUGUUUCCAAGUGGUAAAUUACUGCAACAAGCUUUGGCAGCUAGUCCAAGUUUUCUACAAACCUUUUGUGUAAAUAAUUUGUAAACAAUUUUUUUUCUUGCAUCAAUGAAUGUACCAACCUUCCAUAUAGUUUUACUUUUUGCUGAUGGCUUUUGAAUUGUCGUUUACUUAUUUCGUGACCUCUCAGACCAACCUUAUUAAAUGUUGAUCUGUGCUGAUUACAUUCUAUUUUGAUGGAAUUUAAAGAUGGAGAGGUUCAAGACAGAACUAUAAAUUACAAUUUCUAUUCAUGGUUAAGUAUCAUGGUGAUUAGGUUUUUUUUUUUAACUGCAUUGAGGUUGAAGUUAAUUUGUCUCAGGAAAUUGUAUUUUGUAUCAUUUACCUCGAAGGUUUUGUGGGGCCAAAGUAACCAAAUCAAGUGAUGGACCACUUGUGCCACGGUUUCAUCUAAUAUGUUAUGUCUGUAUUUUGCAAAAAGAAAUUGAAAACAUGGUUUGUGUGAAUCAAUAAAACAUGCUUUUUGCAUUGUUUUGUCAAGAAAA